ACUAAUGAAUAAGUUAAUGGAAUAGCCCACUCCAGUUAUAUAUAGAAUUAUAAUCAUAAAAAAAAAAUAUAAAAGCAAGAGUAUUAAAUAAAAUGUAACAGUCGUGCGUUAUACGUCCAAAGAGCGUGUCCAUCAGUAUCAGUGUAAUGUUCGAGAGAAUCUUCAGACCAAGUAAUCUGACGGAAUCAAUGCUGCCAAUUUUGUUGUGCAAUUGGAUAUUUGGUAACCAAUUAAUCCAAUACCCUAACAGGAAUUUUAUAUUUUUGCAAAAAUUUCCGUACUUUAUAUUUAUAAUAUGUGUCUACGCUGUUUCUUGGAGCUUGUCUCUGGUGUACUUUUUAAGUGAAACGAUAGUGAGUUAUCAAGAAAACUUGUAUUGGAUCGUCACUGGUGUCAGCCUUUUGAUAUUUUGCAUAAACAUAAUUCUUGGAUUGCUUUUCAAAAAGAAAUCACAGAUGAUUUAUGACAGAAGUUUAAAAGUCGACAAAAAACUCGAAGAUUUGGGAGUUGCAGUAAAUUGCCAAAAAACUUUCACUUACUCAUUUAUUGUGACAAUUAUUUUCAUAAUUACCGCGUUGCUGCUUAAUCUAAUGACUGUUCUUUGGAGCGUUUCUUCUGACGAUGCAGUAGCUGAUACUUUUGCCAUAUUCGCGUUGAACCAUCCGAUUCACAUGAAUUACGUUUUCAGCUUGACGUUUUGCAUGUUGAUACGACACAUGCGGCUCAGGUUUCGGAAGAUCAACAAGGCACUUAGGAAAUUUAUAACACUGCAAAGUAAUGAUUCAAUAUUAAUUGAAAAUAAUGAAUCAAUAACAGAGAAUCGCAUUAUUUUGAACCAAACUUCAAGACGGCUAAAUCAUAGUCUUCAGACACUCAAAAAUAUUCACUUGGAGUUGACAUCACUUUGUGAAAAAAUCACUCACAUAUUCGGAGUUCAGUUGAUAAUGACCAUAGUUUCUUCAUUUGUAUUAAUUACAUCCUUAUCUUAUGACUUGUACCUGACGGCUCGCGACCCAAAAGUAAUUAAUUCUGACAAAAUUUAUGAAAGUUUUAUUCUUUCAAGCUGGAUGAUUGUUAACGUUAUUAACUUUCAAUUUAUUAAUUAUAUUGCUGCGAAAACGGUACAUGAGUGGAGUCAAACUGGAAGAAUAAUUCACAAUUUAAAAUCAAAGUCUCAAGACACCGACCUUUGUUUGACGAUUCAAAAAUUUUCUCUGCAAAUGUUACAAAAUCCAUUAAAAUUUUCCCCGUGCGGAUUUAUCGACCUGGGCUUCCCAUUUGUGCGAGACUUUUUUGGAACAAUAACAACAUAUCUAAUUAUUCUUAUCCAAAUGGCGCCAAAUCCAUAUAAUAAAUAAUAAAAUGAAGAUCACACUGAACAUACCAUACAUAUCAUGAAUAAUAUGCAUAGCAGUUUCAUUAUAAGUUAAAAUAGUAAUUACUAAAGUUGAUAAUCUACUGGGAACAUUUAUUAAUGAAUUAGUUGCAUCAAGUACAUGAACAUAAGAUAAAAUCAUAAUUACCGCUAAUGAAUUGCCCGCUUUUAGUUGCUGGUAUUAUAUUACACACAUUAAACAUUACAACGGAGUAAAAAUUUUCUCGAUGUUUGGAAUUAAGUACAAGCCAAAGAAUUUAACCGAGUCAUUGUUGCCGAUUUUGACAUUCAACUGGAUUUUUGGUCACCAAAUGAUCAGAUAUUCUGCAAGUGGUUUUAAUUUUGCCCAAAAAUUUUUAUAUUUAAUUUUCAUUAUAAGCAUUUAUGGCUCUAUUUUAACUUAUAUAGCAUUGUGGUACGGCUAUAAUGUUCACACGUUUAACAAUAAUGUUCGAAUAUACUUUUUAGUUGUUUUAGUUAAUUUUUUAAUACUGGUAGUUAAUAUAUUCUUCGGCCGAUUUUAUAGAAAUAGAGCGUGUGUAAUCAAUAAAAGAAGUUCAAAAAUAGACAAAAGUCUUGAAUAUUUGGGUGUUCCAGUUAACAGACAACAAAGUUAUAAUUAUUCAUUGAAACUAAUCGUCAUUUGGAUAAUAAGCGUUUUUUUACUUAACAUCAUC